CGUUGGCGUACCGUAUCUACAGUACGGUAGGCGCCCCGGUGGGCCAGGCUUGGGCCAGGACGUCCUGCGCUCGAGGCAGGAAGCUGCUACACACCAUUAGGCGCCCUAGGGCUAAUUGGGGCAGGAAGCGGACCAUAAGCUAACAAUUGAUUCUAAGCUAACAAUUCUGCAUCAAUAGGUUGUUCCUUUGGAGGCAGGAACGCACUGAGUUCUAGUUCAGAUUCGUUGACCAUUGGGCAGCUCUAAUUCUAGAUUCACUAGCUGCAUUCCUCCCCAAGAUAGUGAUCGCGCCAAAGAAGCCUGCUGAUCAUGGCUUGCUUAGCAUUGUCAAUACAGCCGCUUCGGGGUCCUGACAUCCUCUUGCAAACGCGAGAGUGGUUUCCUCCAGCACGUGCCGCUGCGGCGUCCUACAGCUUUCAAGCAACUAGAGAAGCCUUUGACACUGCAGCAAGUUCAGCAAACACGGACAUCGUUGGGGAUGAUGCGCUCACAGCAUCGAGUGGGCAAGUGGUCGUGGGAGAAGACAGCAAGUUCCGCGUGGUGUACCGUCUUGUCAACUCGGUGUACGUGCUGGGCAUCAGCAGUGCGGACCAGGAUGACUGCUCUAACAACGUUUUUGACUGCACCAGCACCGUCAACCAGGCAGUCAGCAUCCUGGUGGCUGCCUGCCGCGGAGUGGAUGUGACGGCCGAGAAAGUCAACCGCAAGUAUGCUGAGGUGUACCUUGCUCUGGAUGCCAUCCUGCAUGGCGCCAGCUCCACCCAGCUGAGCAACCUCAUGUCGGCGCUGGGCAAUGCCGGCACCGCUGCAGCAGCAAUUGUGGCGGCCGGGGGCAAUGCCACCACAGAUGCGGGGGCUGCCAGCUUGGCAGAGGUGCAGGCACGUGGUGCCGACACUUGGGGCACCGCUCGGCAAGGCCCGCUGGAGCGGGUCAGCACAGCUCAGGUGCUGGCCCACACCUCAUUCGAGCUGCCUGAAGCGCUGCUGCAAGCGGGCGAUGCGGUCAUGGAAGCGCAGGGUGUGGCGCCUCGCAAGGACGACGCCCCUGCUGCAGCGCCGGGCCCGGAGGCGGCGCCUGAGGAGCCGCGCGACCCCUUUGCACUGCCGGCUGCCAAGGGCGACGACUUCAGCGCGGGCUUCACUCGCGCCGUAGGCUCAACAGACAGUGUGGCCGCGCUGGCAGAACUCUCGGCGGGGCUAGCAACUUUGGACGGGGGGGAAGGCGGGCCAGGCUUUGGGGCGGAGGAUGCGGCCGGCUUUCAGGACUUUGAAGCAGGCGAAGAUGCAUUUGGGGGUGACCAACUGGUGGCUGGCUUUGGGGAGGAAGCGUUUGGAGGGGGUUUUGACGGGCUGGCUCUCGAAGAAAGCGCCGCUCCUGGGCCCGAUGCGGCGGCUAGUGGAGACGCGCUGGCGCUGGCCCUCGCAGCCAGCACGGGACCGGCCAUUGGAGGGGAGUGGACUGCGGCAGAAGUUAGGCAAAAGGGCCCCGCCACAGAGAACGGAACAGUAGCGGGCCUACCUGCUGGGGCUGCUGGCAGCAGUGGCAGCGGGGCGGCAACACGGGCGGCGGUGCUGUGGGUGGCGGAGGCGGUGCACGCCGAGUUCCAUGGGGCCGCACUGCGCAGGGCCGGCCUCCAGGGGGAGCUGCGGCUGCAAGCGCCCCCCCGCAAGAUGGCAGCGACGUCCGAGGAGGCGCUGCAGCUGGCUUUCCGCCUGGAUGGGGCGGCAGGGGUGAAGACUGUUGCAGUCAACAAGCAAACCACUACGCGAGUGGGCCCCGGCGUGUUCCAUGCUACCAUCCCGCCUGCACUCGGGGCGGGCCCUCCCAGCCCCCUCGUCCUCGCCAAGUACCGGCUGACUGCCGCCGCUACCCCUCUCCCCAUGCGGCUUCAUCUAGCUGUGCGGCGCAGGCCUGGGGGGCGCGUGGCCGUGCUGCUGCAGUAUGUGGCCAAUCCCGCACUGCUGGCCCCGCUGCCCAACGUGCUCUUCCUCCUUUCCCUGCCCUUCUCCCCGGAAGCCCUGCACUUCUCACCACGCGGCGUGUGGGUCAAGAAGGAGCGCCAGCUUCGUUGGACUGUGCCCGCGGUUGUCCCCGGGGCUCCGCCUGGCCGCCUGCGUGUGGCCCUCACCGGGGUCGCGCCGCAGCAGAGCCUGGCGGCCCUGAAUGCACGCGUGGUGGCCGUCAGCCCGGGGUACCUGCUGUCGGCCAUGUUCCUGCGGCCCGCCACCGAGGGGGGCGCCCCGCCGUUUGUGGCAGGGGAGCACACCUGGAGCACGGGCGUGUACCUGGCCUAUCCCGCAGAAAAAGCCACUAGUGUGCUAGGAGACGAAUUCAGCGCGCUGGCCUCAGGCGCUCAGGAGACCGCCCCGCCCGAGGAGGCAUUGCAGAAUGAGAGCAUGGAGACGGGAGUGCCGCUGGCGGUGCCAGUGGAGGAGGAGGAUGGCAGUAUGCAGGAAGGGGCCGGCCAGAACAGCGAUUUCUUCCAGCAGCCUGGGACGGCUGCAAGCGACGGGUAUGACCAUGUUGAGAGUGCAAGUCCUGCUGAGAGCCAGAAGGUGCUCAGGUUCGACAGCUUCGGCUUUGACGCGCUUGGUGAUGAGCCCGCUCGCAGGCCACUCGACGAGCUCAAUCGACAAAAGAGUUCAGCCUUCGACUCACCUAAACAGAGUGCAGCAGGGAUUUCGGAUACCGGCAGGUCUGCACAGCCCUUCAGCAGCCAGUCCUUGAACUUCUUCUGACAGAACGGUUUCUAUUGUGCAUGGUGUCCUCGAUGGAUCGACAAGAGUUAGCUAGCAAUCCGGCGCUGCCAUGUUCGAAUCAUAUUGGUAAGGUCUUGUUGCAGAUGCUUUCUGGCAUGACGAGUAUAUGGUAAGUUAGGGGUCAAUUUGAAUGGGACGGUCGAUUGAUCAUGCAUCAACUUUUUGUAUCUCUUUGUAAGGAACCAACAGGCUUAGGAAGCCAUGGCAUGGCGC